AUGGUUAAGAAAGUGCUUCUACUACAUGGUCCAAACUUGAAUUUGUUGGGCUCAAGAGAACCUGAGAAAUAUGGAACUACAACUUUAAAGGAAAUUGAGCAGAAUGCUUCAAAACAAGUUCAAGCUCAUUCCUCAGAUGCUCAAAUCUACUUCCAUCAAGAUAAUCAUGAAGGUGGAUUGAUUGAUCGUAUCCAUCAAGCUAAAGCUGAUGGUGUCGAAUUUAUUAUCAUCAAUGCCGGUGCAUACACACAUACUUCAGUUGCAUUAAGAGAUGCUUUAUUAGGUGUUGAUAUCCCAUUUGUGGAAUUACACAUCACUAAUGUCCACUCUAGAGAAGAGUUUAGACACAAGAGUUACUUGGUUGAUAAAGCUAUUGCAAUCAUUAGUGGUUUAGGUCCAAUUUAUGGUUACAAAGCUGCAAUUGAAUUCGCAUUGAAUUAUGAAAGAAAAUAA